AUGGGUACUGUAAAUGAACUCCUAAACUACUUUACUGUUAACGACGAUACCAAUGAUUUAGUAAACAGUGAUAAAGAGAAAAAGGAAAAGGCAGUUGUCAGGAGAUAUUUUCCUGGAAAAAAGCCGCAUUAUGCCAAAAAAAUCAACGCUGAUGAUGAUGAUGAUGAUGAUGAUGACGAUGAUGAAGAGGAUGAUAAAGAGGAUGAUGAAGAGGAUGACUAUGACUACGACAACCAAUUUAAUGAGGAGCUUACUGAAAAAUUAAGAAAAAAAGAGCAGGAAAAAAAAAAAAAAAAAAAGGGAGUAGCACAUAAAGACAUUGAAACGCAAUCCAACAAACUUAACGCAAUUGAUAAUCGAUACGAGAGACUAAAAAAUAAGAGUAAAAAAUCGCCAAGAAAAGAAUGGCGUAUAAAGGGAGACGAUCUGGAAAGAUUAAAGAGAAGGGUGAGAGAAGUGAAAGUAAAUGAUUACUCAGUACUGAACAAAGAAGACGGUAAUAACGUAAAGGGAAAAGAUGAAAAGAAGGAUAGUUAUACACAUUUUCCAGUAAGUGAACAUGAAAAUGAUGAACUGGAUGAUGAAGAAGAUGACGAGGGAGUCGACAAUGACGAUGAUGAUGACGAGGAAGACGAUGAUGAGGAUGACGAGGAAGACGAUGAUGACGACGAGGAAGACGAUGAUGAACAAAAUGAUUAUGAGAAUACUAUGAAACAUGAGUUUAUUUCAAAAAAUUGUAGAAAAACACUAAUAGAAAAAAAAACAAAAGAAGAUAUAGAAAAGAAAAAAUUGGAAAACCUAAAUGAGGAGAAAGAAUUAAUCGAAAUAGAAAAAAAAGAAAAUGUAAUAAAAGAAACAUUAACUCAAGAAAUGAUUGAAGAAAAAUUAAAGAACAAAGAAAAUAAUGUAUACUCGUCAGAAGAAGAUUUUGAAGAUGAUGAAAAAGAUGAAGAAUUAAAUGAGGAAGAAUAUGAAUUAUGGAAAAUAAGACACAUGAACAGAUUAAAAAGAGAUGAACAAGAUAGAAAAAAAUAUGAAAUUUUAAAAAUGGAAAUUAAGGAAAGAAGGAAAAUGACAGAUAAAGAAAUAAUUGAAGAAAAUAAAAAAUUACCACAUAAAGAAAAGAAAAAAAAGAAAAAAAUGUUAUUUAUGCAAAAGUAUUAUCAUAGAGGAGGAUUUUAUCAAGAUUUAUUUGAAGAAGGAAAAGAAGAGAUAUAUUUACGAGAUUAUAAUGAACCUGUUUAUGAAGAUAGAAUUGAUAAAGAAAAUUUACCAAAAGUUUUGCAAGUAAGAAGAGGAAAUUUUGGAAAACAAGGACAAACAAAGUAUACCCAUUUAUUAGACAAUGAUACUUCAAAAAAAAAUUCCUUAUGGAAAAACAAUGAUUCACUUUAUCGCUCCAAAAAGAAAAAAGACUUGUUCGAGCGACCCACCUACAAAAAAAAAUGA